UCUUUUCGAAGUUCGACGAUCUCCGCACUAGCUCGCUCUUCUUUGUGUCGGCCGACCAAGAAGUCUUGUGAAAUUUGACAACGCCGAAGCAACCAUGAGGGGACCAAUUCUGCUUCUUCUUCUCGUUGUAACAGUUCUUCAGAUCGAGGCCUGCGAGGUCGAGAAGAUGGGCAACGGAUGCCGAAUAACCAGCGGGCAGUGCGCCUGCGGCUACGGCUGCAAAUCCGAGUACAGAUACGCCACCCUCGAGGAGUGCAAGCUCGCUCUCAACGGACGGAGACGCAACGCCUGUCACAGCCAGACGAGGUGCCUGCACGGCGGCACCUGCCUCCAGAUCACGGCCAAUCCCGAGUACAAGUGUCUGUGCGAGGGCACGGGCUACUUCGGCUAUCGAUGCGAGAAGGCUUGCCCCGGACGAGACAAUCCGAAUUACAAGGGACCCUUCCCGCUCGAGUGCGUCGUCAUAUAAGAGAAAGAAAAUAUAAGAUAUAGCGUCGAUUACGUUCUACAUUACUCAUUACUUUCUUUUUUUAUGUGUUUACUUUCAUUCCGCGCGUAUGAAUUUUUUUUUGUGGUUCGUCGUAAACUCGAGUAAUCUCAAGGCUAAAACAAGAGGACUCUAUUGAACUCCACUAUAGUAAUAAAAUAAUCAUUUUGUACAUAUUGUAUUAUCGCGAGAAGAAGACGUAAUGAUAUAGUUUUUUUUUAUUCUUCUUCUGCUUCUUCUUCCGCGUCGAUGAGAAAAUAAAUAUCUACAAUUAAAAAAUCAUACAUUAGGAAGGAGAGUGUUUUGAUCUUGGAAUUGUGAACAAAAAAAAUAUUCCUUGACAAAUUUACCUUAUCAAUUUUUCAUGCUUCCAAUGUUUAUUUACCAAAGGAUAAAUUUUUAUACAAUACGUUUCUUGCUGUUCCUUUCGUAUGUUCGCUUUCGAUUUUUUUAGUCUUUUUUUUCGUUUUCUCUAUACGGCAUGAACAUUAUUGUAACAAACUUUUCGUUUCGUUUUAAUCAUAUUACCUGAUUGAUUCAUAAUUUAGCACUUAUUUUGCGCUCGUUUCUUUUUUGUUUUGUUUAAAACUAUAAUUACAUCGGAAAUGUGAUCAGAGUUUUUCGUUCCGCGUGCGCUAGCGUAACAGUUUCCAUGUCUUGGACUUUCUCAAUUGUACUGCAUGCAGGCAAAACAAUGAUCAUAUUUCACAUCAUUAAAAAAUGGCUUCACAAAUGAUAAAUUUUCUUUUUCGUUCGAAUUCAUUCCUAUUUUUUUCAUCUCGAUCACCAGUAUAUUUUAAAAUACACUUUAACGCAGUACUUGACGAAACAGUUUUCAUAGAAUGAACGAAAAAAAGUAAUUUUGAUUAAUUUCGUUUUUUUUACAUAGCGACAGAUCAAAUUCGUUUGAAAGGCUCUUUCCUGCCUCAGUCGCGUGCUUUAUUAAACGCACUCACAUACAAUUUAUGCUAAUACAAUUUUUCACCAUCACAUUACUUCAAUAAGAACAAAUAAGAUUUUCAAACGAAUGUCCUUUUCACCUACUCUUUUGAAUAAAAAUACCACACUUAGUAUAGUUAUAUGAGGUAAGAGUUUCUAGCCUCACAUCUUUUUUGCUCUAAAAUUGGUGCCACAAGUAAAUAUUCUCAAUUCGUUUUCUUUACACUUUAUACCAUUCAUGUAUAUUAAAUUAUUAUUCAUUUGUCUUUUUUUUUAUCAAUAGAUGUUGCUAUAAAAAAAUUGUUCAAAGAAAUCAUAAAACGUAAAAAAUAUUAUCAACAUGUACGUAUAUUUUUAUAAAGACAAAAAGGACAAAUAGCCUCUGUCGCAAAAAUUACAAACAGACACGACUUGAACAGCGACUGACUUGUUUUCAGAAAGAACAAUCACAUAUUCUAGUGAUGGAAAGUAUGUGUCGCGCUUUAGUGCAUACUAACAAUCAUGUUACUUGCUCUUUUGUAUUCUCACAUUUUUUUUACUGACUUAAAACGCUACAUCACUUUUGUAAUCUGCAAAAAAAACCUUACGUCUGGCGAUUUGACAAAAAUAAUUAACAAUAUUUCAUCAACGUUUCUUAGCGAUUUAUAAAUUAAUUUGAUAACUACAAUGUAUGUGUGUGUUCGUUUUGAGUGUGUAGUUUUCGGCUGAACGUUUAAGCGUUACAUUUUUUAUAAAAGAAAGGUAUUUUAUUGAAAAAAAUCUUUCUUGGAAAUAAAAAUAAAAAAUAUAUUUUA